AUGGAAACAAGUGCAUGUGUUGAUGCAUAUUAUCGCGAUAAAAUCUCUACUUAUGAAUCUCUGCUGGCUCAACGUCUGCAAAAUAAUAAGAGAUUGGAGGCUAGGAGGAAUGAACUUAAUAAUAAAGUUCGUGAUUUGAGGGAAGAGCUGCAGGCUCUUCUUGAACCUGGAAGUUAUGUUGCCGAAGUGAUUAAACCCAUGGGACAAAAUAAAGUAUUGGUUAAAAUAAGUCUUGAAGGGAAAUAUGUAGUUGAUAUUUCAUCUGAUAUUGACAUUUCCAAAUGUGUAGCUAAUACACGCGUUGCAUUGCUAUCUGAUUCAUACAAAUUACACAAGAUUUUACCCAGUAAAGUUGAUCCUCUUGUAGCAUUAAUGAAAGUUGAAAAAGUGCCAGAUGCUACUUAUGAAAUGAUUGGUGGUUUGGAUGAACAGAUUAAACAAGUUAAAGAAGUUAUUGAACUCCCUAUUAAACAUCCAGAAAUAUUUGAAUCAUUGGGAAUUGCCCAACCAAAGGGCGUGUUGCUAUAUGGGCCCCCUGGGACAGGAAAGACACUUCUAGCAAGAGCAGUUGCUCAUGAAACUGAUUGUACUUUUAUACGUGUUAGUGGAUCUGAAUUGGUACAGAAGUAUAUUGGCGAAGGUUCAAGAAUUGUUAGAGAAUUAUUUGUUAUGGCCAGAGCGCACUCCCCUUCCAUUAUUUUUAUGGAUGAAAUUGAUUCAAUUGGGGGGCAAAGGGUUGAAGGUGAGCAAGGUGAUUCGGAAGUUCAAAGGACUAUGUUAGAACUUUUAAAUCAACUUGAUGGGUUUGAAUCAUCGCAAAACAUUAAGGUUAUUAUGUGUACUAAUAGGAUAGAUAUUUUGGAUGAUGCAUUGCUUCGUCCUGGUAGAAUUGAUAGGAAAAUAGAAUUUCCAAACCCAAACACAGCAGCAAGAGCACAAAUACUUGCUAUACAUUCUAGAAAAAUGAAUUUGGUUCGUGGGAUACAAUUUGAAAAGAUUGCUGCAGAAAUGAAAUCUGCUUCCGGAGCCGAAGUUAAAGCUGUCUGCACUGAAGCUGGUAUGUUUGCUUUGCGUGAAGCUCGCGUUCACGUUACUGAACAAGAUUUUGCAAUGGCUGUAACUAAAAUUAUGAAGAAAGAUAAUGAAAAUGAAAGUCUCCGCAGACUAUGGAAGUAA